UCUCAAAAAAAAAAAAAAAAAGAAAAAAAAAGUUGAGGGGUAAAGUUGAAUUUAAAACAUUUGAGGCUGCAUAAGAAAUUAACUGAAAUGUGAGGGUCUUUAAUGCAAUUUUACUCUCUAUUCAACUACUAAUCGGGUUUGAGAGCUUUUGUGCCCGGUUUGUUGUGAUUCGACCCUAUUUCAGGAAAAAAAAAACAAAAAAAACAAAAAAAACAAAAAGCGAUUCUUUUGGCGCCCUAGAAAAUCUUUGAACCCCUUCCUCUUCUCCAAUUCCCGCUCCUCUCUCUCUCUCUCUCUCUCUCUCUCUCUCUCCCCCAACCUUUUCGGGGAUCUCCAUCCAUGGCGGCGCAGCAGCAGAAGCACCAGAAAAUGGCGGAGGAGCAAGAGGAGAUAGAGGAGAUGCAACACGGCCCUCUCCCCAUCGAACAGCUCCAGGCUUCUGGAAUAGCUGCCCUUGAUGUCAAAAAACUCAAAGAUGCUGGUCUUUGCACGGUGGAAUCAGUUGCAUACUCGCCAAGGAAAGAUCUUUUACAAAUUAAAGGGAUCAGUGAAGCGAAAGUUGAUAAGAUAAUUGAAGCAGCUUCAAAGCUCGUUCCAUUGGGUUUCACCAGUGCUAGCCAACUUCAUGCUCAGAGGCUUGAAAUUAUCCAAAUUGCAACUGGAUCCCGCGAGCUCGAUAAAAUAUUGGAAGGUGGAAUAGAGACUGGGUCCAUCACUGAAAUAUAUGGUGAAUUUCGCUCUGGAAAAACUCAGUUGUGCCAUACUUUAUGUGUUACUUGUCAGCUCCCACUGGAUCAAGGUGGUGGUGAGGGAAAGGCAAUGUAUAUAGAUGCAGAGGGCACAUUCAGGCCACAGAGACUUCUGCAAAUUGCAGACAGGUUUGGAUUAAAUGGUGCUGAUGUCCUAGAGAAUGUAGCGUAUGCUAGAGCGUAUAAUACGGAUCACCAGUCUCGCCUUUUGCUAGAAGCGGCUUCUAUGAUGGUCGAGACCAGGUUUGCUCUAAUGAUCGUGGAUAGUGCCACCGCGCUUUACAGAACAGAUUUUUCUGGAAGAGGAGAACUAUCGGCGAGACAAAUGCACCUAGCAAAGUUUCUGAGAAGCCUUCAGAAAUUGGCAGACGAGUUCGGAGUAGCUGUUGUAAUCACCAACCAAGUUGUCGCACAAGUCGAUGGCUCUGCGAUCUUUGCCGGGCCGCAGAUCAAACCGAUCGGUGGAAACAUCAUGGCACAUGCCUCCACUACGAGGCUUGCUCUUCGCAAGGGAAGGGGGGAGGAGCGCAUUUGUAAAGUGAUAAGCUCUCCUUGUUUAGCUGAAGCCGAAGCAAGGUUUCAAAUCUCUUCUGAAGGUGUUACAGAUGUCAAGGAUUGACCCAAAACCCCUCUUCUAGGUAUUUUACUGAGGCCCUCUAAUGUUCAAAAAUGUGGUUAACUUUUUCUCUAUAUAUUUUCGAGCUUUGCUGUCGCUGGGUUAGCUCGCCAGCAGCAGCUAUUUCCCCCCCCCCCUGUUUUUGUGGUGAAAAAAUGGGCUUGUCAUGCAUGGAGAUGACUUUCAUGUGGCGUUUUGGCUUUUAGGUGUAGUAUGUAGCUCUUUCUCCUUUUUACCAUUUCUCCUUUUAGUCCUUCCUUUGAGCUAUUAGUAAAUAUGCAUGUUCGACGCGCCCUUUGAAUAUGAAACACUGAAUUUUAAACGUAGUGUUUGAAGUGGGUUAAUAAUUUGCAAACAAAAGAGACUUUUUUGGAAUACUAC